AUGCAUCAUCUGGGCAGCUGGUUAUAUAUAUAUGAAGUCGACGCUAUUCGAAGUCUCGUUAUUGCUUUCGUUGUGUUAUUCAGUGGACCAGUACUCAGUCACGCCGUCUGGCUUAAUUUUGCUCUGGGUAGCGUCGACUUGAACCACGCAAUGAAUAACGAGAAUGAUACCAAUCUAUCCGAACCUAAACUUUUUGCACUCAGCCUCAAGUCAAUCGCCGAUAUUGACAUGAAGAAAACCCGCGAAGCUGUUCUCAAACCACCAUUUUACCCUCAAUCAUCACCCGAAGUCCGUUUUGAUGGCAAAACGGUAGUUGUGACUGGGGCAGGCGCAGGUCUUGGCCGUGUUCAUGCCCUCAUGUACUCCACGCUCGGAGCUAACGUCGUUGUCAAUGAUUACUUGUUAACGGUAGCUGGCGGGAAAGCUACCACUGCUGUUUGUUUAGCCGAAGAUGGGGAGACUAUCGUCAAAGCUGCCUUGGAUGACUUUGGCGGUGUUCACAUCUUAGGUUGCUAA